AUGGCCGUUCACGCAGUACCGAUAGCUAUCAUCGGAAUUGGAUGUCGCUUUCCAGGUGGUGCCAAUAAUCCAGAUAGGCUUUGGGAACUUCUCUCUGAAGGCCGAGAGACAUGGUCAGAGGUACCUGAAGAUAGAUUCAAUUGGAAAUCAUUUCACCAUCCUGACCCCGAGAAGGCGGGAAUACACAACCAUCGUGGUGGUCACUUUAUCGAUUCGGAUAUCGCCACUUUCGAUGGAAAAUUCUUUGGUACCCCCCCUCAAGAAUGUGAAGCAAUCGAUCCUCAAUAUCGACUCCAGCUAGAAGUCACAUAUGAAGCAUUAGAAAAUGCCGGUCUUCCCUUGGAGGAUCUUCGUGGCUCGGACACCGCUGUGUACGUCGCUACUUUUGGAAAUGACUAUGCUGGUAUGCAAAACAGAGAUCUCGAGACGAUCUCAAAAUAUCACUUAACUGGAACGGGUUCUGCCAUGGCCUCUAAUCAGAUUUCUUACCUGCUGAACCUUCGAGGUCCGUCCGUCACACUAGACACAGGUUGUUCUGGAAGUAUAGUCGCCAUUCAUCAGGCCUGCCAAUCUCUCAGAACUGGAGAGGCCAAAAUAGCAGUUGCAGGUGGAGUGAGUUUGAUCAUAACUCCCGACUUUAUGGUACCCAUGAGCAUGAUCGGCGUCCUCAACAAAGAUGGGAAAUGCUACUCAUUUGAUAGCCGAGGUGCAGGUUAUGGACGUGGUGAAGGGGCUGCUAUGGUGGUCCUCAAAAAUCUAGAUGAUGCGAUUCGCGAUGGUGACAGUAUCCGGGGAAUCAUCCGGAACUCUGGAGUCGGGCAAGACGGUAAAACGCCGGGUAUCACGGUCCCUAGCCGAGAAGCACAGCUAAGUCUUAUUCAAUCCGUAUACCGGCAGGUCAACCUCGAUCCUAAAAACACAAGAUACAUAGAAGCUCAUGGUACUGGAACCGUUGUUGGCGACGAAGCUGAAAUCGCAGCCAUCCGGGUAGCUUUUUGUAGCGAUGAAUCACCUAUAACGGUGGGGUCUGUUAAGCCAAACAUUGGCCAUUUAGAGAGUGCAAGCGGCAUUGCUAGUCUGAUAAAAGCCGUCUUAAUGCUGGAGAACGAUGCAAUUCCCCCAAAUGUGAACUUGGUGACCUUGAAAGAGAACCUCCAAGGAAGCGAUAUUGAUAUACCGACCAAACUCAAGUUAUGGAAUGAAACUGCUUUGCGUCGUAUCUCAGUCAACAAUUAUGGCUAUGGGGGAACGAAUGGUCACCUUAUCCUCGACUCCGUCUCAACUUAUGAAAAGGAGGUUCUUGGGCGUAAGAAGCUAGAACAUGACCAUGAUUCAAAUGAUUUGCAUGAUGGCCACACCAAAACCACUUCUGACGAUUUUAUUUUAGUGAAUGGCCAUGACCAGGAAUACACAAACGGGGAACUAAGCGAUGCAUUUUCGAGUGAAAUAUUGAAUGGGGUAUCAAAUAGUUGGAGAGAGGAACACCUCAAAAGCUCUUUCUCAAAGCCGAUAGGCAAGCUAACAAAUGGGGCUUGGCAAAGACCAGAUCAUGAUAGCACCUAUCCUCAAGUCCUCGUUCUGACGGCUAAAUCAGAAGAAUCAUUAGUCAAGAACAUAGACAAUUUGCGGCAAUGGAUCUCUCAAAGUCACAAACUUGAAGACGAUGCCUUUCGUGAUCUGGCACACACUUUGUCCACCCGUCGAUCUGUCUUUUGGUGGAGAUUCAGUUUCAUAGGCACAUCACUGAAAGACGUUCUAUCUCGUCUAGAUUGGAAGAAUCCGAAACCAAUGAGAACGGGAACUCAGGGCCAGAAAGUCUUCGUGUUUACGGGUCAAGGCGCGCAAUGGUUUGCUAUGGGUCGUGAGCUUAUGGGACUAAAUUCUCUAUAUCUGAGAUCUCUCCAAGCUUCGGACAGAAUUUUGAAAGAAUUUGGGACUCCUUGGAGCUUAAUUGAGGAACUUUCGAGGGAAGCGUCAAGCUCGAGCGUGAAUGAAGGUAAGAUUGCUCAGCCAGCCACAACGGCACUACAAAUUGCUCUUGUCGAUCUCCUUUCUUCUAUGAAGAUAUUACCUGAUGUUGUUAUUGGUCACUCAAGUGGAGAGAUAGCCGCAGCUUAUGCGGCAGGAUCACUUAGUCAGCAUUCGGCUCUAAAAGCUGCGUACUACCGUGGACUUCUCAGAGUUAGUGGAUUGUUGAAAGGGGCAAUGAUGGCUGUAGGACUGGGUGAAAAAUCAAUGUCUCAGUACAUCUUACAAGUCACGGCCGGGCAACUGGUAGUCGCGUGUUCUAAUAGCCCGGAAAGCUCUACGGUGUCAGGUGACGAAGUUGCAAUACUCGAAUUGAAGAAACUCCUAGAUGCAAAUUCGAUUUUUGCGAGGAGAUUACCAGUCGAUGUGGCAUACCACUCGCAUCAUGUCAAAUCUGUGGCAAAGCAAUAUUUACGCAAUCUAGCCGGGCUGAAACAUAGCACUACAUUGUCAUCUGUGCAGUUCAUCUCAUCUGUUACUGGAAAAGAUAUGACAUCUGGAUUUGGAGCCGAUUACUGGGUCAAAAAUCUUGUCUCUCCAGUUCAAUUCCAAUACGGGUUGGAAGAAAUAUGUCGAAAGACAUCAACGAUUUCUCCUCAAAGUAAACUUACGUUCAUCGAGAUAGGACCUCAUAAUGCUCUAUCUGGACCUAUCAGGCAGACAAUUUCAUCUUUAUCGUUGUCUUUAAAAUACUCUAGUACGUCGGUCUUGGCUAGAAAUCAGGAUGCACGCUACACUCUUUUAGAAGCUGUCGGUAAACUUUUUGAUGAGGGCUACUCGGUAGAUAUACAAAUCGCAAAUUUACUUUUCGACCCUGGUCGACGACAGAAGGUACUGAGUAACCUACCUGCCUAUUCAUGGGAUCAUUCAACUAAACAUUGGCGCGAAUCACGAUUAAGUAAAGCUCAUCGAUUUCGCAAUCACCCAUACCAUGAUCUUCUUGGCUCGCGGGUUGUAAGUAGUACAAGUUCAAACCCGAUAUGGCGGCAUAUUCUCAGCGUAGAUAGCCUUCCAUGGCUACGGGAACAUGUCAUUGAUGGCUUCACGAUAUUCCCCGGCUCGGGUUACAUAUCUAUGGCUAUUGAAGCGAAGCGGCAAUUGACUUCUGAGAGGCAUGGUCCCCUCGGCAUUUCAAACUACAACUUAAAAGACAUACAGAUCCCCGCGGCUCUGGCGAUUCCUGAUUCGCCCGCCACAGUCGAGAUACAAUUGAGCCUCAUUACCCCUAGAAAUCAACAGAACAACUCAAAGUCGAAGUGGGAAGAAUUUAAAGUAUUUUCAGUUUCAGCUCAAGGUGCUAGCGUCGAACACUGCCAUGGAUUCAUCAUGGCGGAGAUUUUGACUGAGCCAGAUGAAGUGGACUCUACAAGAGACAGGGAUCUUGAUUCAUUGUCUGAAAUAACCCGGUUAAAUGAAUUGAAAUCUGUCUGUGACGAUAAAUUAGAUUGCGCAGAACUUUACCGCGAUUUGAGAUCAAGGGGGAAUAGUUAUGGGCCAAAUUUCUCCUGCGUCAAGAACCUGAGUCUUAGUGGCACGGAUGCCGUUGGGGCUCUGAGCAUUCCCGAUAUGUCUCAGAGCAUGCCAGUUCCAUUUCAACAACCUCAUGUCAUACAUCCUGCAACUCUUGACGCUUUGAUGCAUCAAGCGGUAGCAAUAUUCAACCGCCAUACACAGGACACCGUCUUUAUGAUUGUUGGAAUUGAUGAGCUCAAGAUAUCUUCUCGUCUAGCAAGCCAGGCAGGCACCUCCCUGACGUUGGCCACGACAACUACGGGUAUUGGGUCAAGAUUCGCAUCGGCAGAUAUUUCUGCAUUCCAAGACAUUUCUGACUGCGGAAUGGAGGUUGUCAUUCAAAUGAAAGCUGCAAAACUUCGUACUACUGGGGAUAUCAGUAACAAUGCGCCGAUUGAGACUUGGAAGCGCAACAUGAGCUAUACCAUGAAUUGGGAUUUGGAUGCCGACCAUAUGACCUCCUCAAUGUUUUUACCGGGUCCAGAUGCAUUCGAAGCUGAUCGAUCACAGGAACGUAAGCUAGAUUUCUUGAAUCAAGCAGCAGCAAUUUACGUAAGCCGUUGUGUUAAAAAGCUCACAGUCAACGGCCCACCCAGACUUUCGGGACAUUUUCGGCAUCUUUUCAAGUGGAUGAACCGGUGGCAGGAAUCCGAAGAAUUCAAAGCCUUCCUCCAUGACGUAGCAGAUAUUAAUGUGGAGCAAGUCCUUCAAGAUACAGAGAAACUUGGAGUAGAGGGAGAGUUGCUAUGGCGAGUGGGACGCGAAUUAGAUGCCAUUCUUACAGGAAAAUCCGAAGCACUUUCCUUGAUGUUGGAAAACGAUCUGCUAUACCGUCUCUACGCGGAUGAUGCUUCAUCUCGUUGCUACGCUCAUGUUAUUGCAUACAUGAAAAAGCUUGUCUUCAAGAACCCAAACAUGCGGGUCAUUGAAUUAGGUGGUGGAACUGGAGGAACCACUGCCCCAUUACUUGAAGCUCUCGAAUCACAUGGCACUUUGCCGUUCAAGGAGUAUGUCUUUACUGAUGUUUCUCCUGGCUUCUUUGAACGCACGAAGGCUCGUCUUCAAAAAUGGGACAGCUAUAUAAAGUACAAAAGACUGGACUUGAACAUUAGUGUCUCGGAACAGGGGUUUGAGAAAGAGGGUUACGAUUUAAUUAUAGCUGCAAAUUGUCUCCAUGUCGCCUCUUCUAUGGAUGAUGUAAUGGCGAGCGUCAGAAAUCUUCUUAAACCUGGUGGAAAGAUUGUUAUGAUCGAAAUGACCCGUACAGUACCCCUCUAUAAUACCUUUGUUGGUUUACUAGAUGGUUGGUGGGCUGGUAUAGAAGACGGACGGACCAAUAGUCCAGGUUUAUCUGUUGAACAGUGGCACUCAAUACUGUUGAGAAACAGCUUCAGUGGUGUGGAGAUUGUUGCAAAUGAUUUCGAAGGAAAAGCUCAACGUUCAGCAAUGCUGGUAUCCAGAGCAACUGAUCGAAUCGAUAUGCCAUCGGCACAAGAAAGUGCACCGAUAAAACUAAUUCUCUGCCCUAGCUGGACAGUUCAACCCCCACAAUUUGCUAUUGAUUUAAGGUCCGAGUUGAUUAGGCAUGGAUUCGAAGUAACUAUCGAGGGUCUUCUUGGUACUCAAUGUGCUGGGGACGCCAUACACAUCAUCCUCGACAGCGGUUCGGAUCCCAUUCUGACUACAAAUACUCCUGCAGUAUUCGAGCAUGUCAAGAGUAUCUUAGAAAAGGCUACGCUGGUACUUUGGAUCAGCUCUCAAAACAACGCUGCAGCAAACAUGAACCCGGAAAAGGGUAUGAUUGCUGGCCUAGCUCGCGUUAUUCGAGCGGAAAAUGAGUUUCUCCGUCUCGUCACAAUCGAUGUUCAAGAUAGUAUCUCCAAAUCGUUCGAUGGGCUCAUCCGAACCAUUGAGAAAAUUGUCGAAAUCGGACUUAGUGGCUCCAGUGGACAAGUAAAGGAACUUGAGUAUAUAUUCAGGAAUCAAGAGGUGCUGAUACCACGGCUCUUACAGAAUUCGAACACCAACAAUCGUAUACAGCAGGCUAGUGGAACACCAACACUGUCAGCACAGCCAUUUCAUCAGCCCAAUCGACCACUCAAGCUCCAUGUACAAAAGUCCGGCUUCUUGGAUAGUCUCUCAUUUGUGGAUGAUAAGUCACUGGAAGGGCCAUUAUUGAAUUCACAUAUAGAAAUACGAGUCGAAGCAUGCGGACUCAAUUUUAAGGAUGUCCUCAUAGCGCUAGGUCAAAUCAACAAGGACUACUCAAUGACGGCCGAAUUUUCUGGAGUAAUCACCAAAGUCGGUUCAGAAUACCAUGACUCGUUUCAUGUUGGUGAUCGGGUUUGCGGUAUGGGUGGAUCGCCUUAUGCUAGCACUAUUAGACUUGAUGGUCGAAGAGCUAGCCACAUACCACCGUCAAUGUCAUUCGAAGUGGCUGCAUCUAUACCUGUUGUUUUUGCAACAGCCUACCACACUCUCGUAGACAUUGCAAACCUUCAACCAAAUCAAACUGUUCUGAUCCAUUCGGCCGCUGGUGGAAUAGGCCAAGCGGCUCUAAGAAUUUCCCAACACAUUGGAGCAGAAGUAUUUGUGACUAUUGGCAGUGCAGCAAAACGUGACUUACUCAUUAACGAGUUUGGAAUUGCAGAAAAUCACAUCUUCUCCAGCAAAUCACGAACAUUCAGGCAAGGUAUCCACCGAAUUACCAAGGGGAAAGGGGUCGAUGUUAUUCUUAAUUCUCUUUGCGGGGAGGCACUUCAGGAAUCUUGGGCUUCCAUCGCAAGAUUUGGCGUUUUCAUUGAAUUGGGUAAAGCCGAUGCUCUAUCAAACGCAGGUUUAAGUAUGGCACCUUUUGAGAGGAAUGUUACAUUUGCCUCGGUGGAUUUGCAGAUGAUCGCCGACUAUCGACCCGCAAAGAUAGAAAGUCUUUUGAAAACCGUUCUAAACUUGUUCAAAACCGGAUCUUAUCUUCCUAUCAAUCCUAUCACUACGAUGCCUAUUACCAAUAUUGAAGACACUUUCAGGCUCCUUCAAACACGAAAGCAUACAGGCAAAGUUAUCUUAAAGGCUAGUUCUGAAACCACGGUAAAAGCACCAACAGUAGCAACCAAUGAUCUGAUCAUCUCCGAGGAUGGAACGUGCUUAAUUGCUGGUGGACUAGGUGGUCUUGGUUUAAAGGUUGCUCGUAUGCUUGCUAAGCACGGAGCGAAACACAUCGCUCUAAUGUCGCGAAGACACUUGUCUUCGUUGAAGUUGGCAGUACUUGAGGAAGAAUUCAAACUUUUAGGAACAAAGGUGUUCAAUUUGAACUGCGACAUUACGGAUCUUUCGAAGUUGAGAGAGUCAAUCGCACCAUUUGGCAUUGAUAUACCACCAAUCAAGAGUGUGAUACAAGCAUCCACAGUCCUUCAAGAUCGCGUCUUCACCAAAAUGAGUCUCGAAGAUUUCAAGCUGGCGACCCAACCCAAGUGUCUUGGGACUAGUAAUCUGGUUGAAGCAUUCAAAGGUCAGCCUCUCGAUUUUUUCCUCAUGCUCUCGUCUAUUGCGGGUCUGCUAGGCAUGAUAUCUCAAGCCAAUUAUGCUGCUGGGAACAACUAUAUGGAUACUCUUGCGCAGAAUAAGAAGAUUUCCGGAGAUUCGAGUACCAAUUUCGUUUCGAUUGAUUUCGGGCCCAUCGAUGAUGCUGGCAUUGUUGCUGAUAGAAUCCGAGCUAAGGAGGAUAUGGUUCGCCGAGGCUUUGUUUUGAUUAAACUGAAAGAGGUUUUAGCCUUGAUUAACUACGCUAUUAGCCAUUCGGCAAGAAAGGAGAAAAGUAAUCAAUUCGUCCUUGGCUUCGAUUACAAAUCUAUCACAGACCAGCUUGUAAAGGAGGACAAAUCACCCAUUCGAAGUAUCCAAAGUCUCAUCGCAGCGACAAAAGAUCCUUCCAAAAUCGAGCUCUUUAUUUCCAAAGAAAUCGCAAGGAAGAUGUCCAACCUUGUAGCGAUGGAUUACGAUGAAAUCGAAAUUCAGCGCCGUAUGGCCGAUUUUGGAUUAGAUUCUUUGGUCACCAUUGAAAUGAAAAAUUGGAUAACACAAACAUUUCAGGCCAAACUUCAGGCUUCAGAGAUAUCUGAUGCGGCGAAUAUUAUGGCGUUGGCUGAAAUUGUGACCUCUAGAUCAGCACUGGUCACCAAGAAUUUACCGAGUAAACCCAUUAAAAGCGAUGACUCAAGGACUUCGCCCAAACAAAAUGAACCCGCGAUUGUAAAAUCAAAGAAGGAAGCAUUGAUCACUUUACCAAAACAACCACUACCAGAUCUCGACAAGUCUCUAGCCCAGUUUCUAGAGUCUCUCCUCCCAGUGCUCACACCAAAGGAGUACGCGAAAUACGAAAGCUACGUAGCCGAAUUCCUUAAACCAGAAGGUUUCGGACGAGAACUCCAGGCUCGACUUUCUCAAGUGGCUCAUGAUCCUAAAGUAGAACAUUGGCUCAGCGAAUUCUACGCCACCAGUAUGUUUUUGAAGGGUCGCCGUCCAUUGGUUCCCUGGCUCAACUUUUUCGCUACGCAUCUCAUGAGUCCAAUUCCGCAUACGGCUGCGGAGAGGGCUGCUAUUAUUUCAAAUGCGGCGUUUCAAUUCAAGAGAAAGCUGGAGAAGGGCGAGGUUGAACAUGGAUAUUACAAUGAGCAGCCAGUUAGCAAAGAUGGUUAUCAGUGGUUCUUUAAUGCCACACGUGAGCCGGGAAAUCCAAGAGAUUCUAUGAGAAGGUAUCCAGGGAAUGACUAUCUGGUCGCUUUUCGUAGAGGACAUGCUUACAAUAUUUUUGUUCCUGAUGUGGAUGAGGCGUCCUCUUAUUCGGCACUCAGAGAUGCUUUUCAAAGUAUUUUGGAUGCCGAUAAGAAGCCAGAAUCGUGGGUUGGAGUCUUGACGCAGGAUACACGGGAUAGUUGGGCAGAUAUUCGUUCCGAACUCCAAGCUCUAAGUAGCGAGAACAAAUCAUGGAUUCACGAUAUCGAAGCUUCUGCAUUUGUCGUUUCCUUGGAUGGCGUCCAACCCCAGAAUGCCUCCGAGCGUGGACCACAUUUUCUCCACGCCCAUGGCUUCAAUCGAUGGAGCGAUAAAACGAUCCAAUUCUCUAUCUGCGACAAUGGGGUUUCAGCCGCCAUUGGCGAGCACACCAUGCUGGAUGGAGUGACAUUCCUCCGCCUGAAUGAUUUCGUCACCAAAGCCAUCAUGACGUUUGACCCCCGAGAUCCAGCCAAUUUCUGCUCGCAACCAUCGUCCGCGAUUGAAGUUUCAAAACCCUAUACUUUUACAACAACAGCAAAGUUCGAGGAACACAUAAAACGCAUCCGAGCACAACUCAAAAAAGACACAUCACGCGUCGAAUUCCGCGCCUUCGAGAUCCCCACCCUCAAUCGCGAGCUCUUCCGCCAGCACACAUGUCCUCCCAAUUCCGGAUUUCAACUCGCUGUCCAACUAGCUGUUCGUCGCUACUUUGGAUACAAUCCCGCGGCUUUCGAGCCUAUAUCCCUCAAUCACUUCCACAAAGGUCGAAUCGAUGUAAACCACAUUAUGCGUCCGUCCAUUUUUAACUUUUGUGCUGCAGCUGCGGAUAUGAAAAUUCCCACUAGCGAAUUGCGGGCCUUGUUUUUGGAUGCGGCACGUGUGCAUGCUAGUAAUGUUAUAUCAACAUCGCGAGGCCAUGGUUUCGAUAGACAUCUCUUUGCGCUUGAAUGGUCUGUUCGAGAUGGCGAGACGAUUCCGGAAUUAUUUACAGAUCCAACGUAUAAGAGUAAAAGACGACCGCCUCAGAUUAUGACUAAUUGUAUUGUGGGCGAGGCGCUGGAGGGAGGUGACUUUUUUGAUCAUCCGAAUGGAGCGUCGAUUACUUAUGAGACGAAGGAUGAAUUGUAA